UAUAAGAAAAGGAAAAAAGAUGAGAUUGUCAGGGUUGGGCAAGCUGGAGAUCCUGGAAAAUUUCGAUUCAAGAAGGUGUGAUGUUAAAGACCUAUCCAACCUCAAAAAUCUUAGGAAACUGACAGCAAGUAUUUGGAAUGAUGACUUGGUGGUGGCCGACUUCGUCAAUUAUCUAAGCAGCCCCAGUCGGCUACGGCACUAAUCAAUUCUGAUGGAGUACGACUUUAAGUUAGAAGAAGAGCUAAUUGUUUUGGUAAAGUGUCGUCAUCUUAAUACAUUGAGAUUAAAAGGUGUUGUCGGAGGUGGUAAGUUACCUGCAGUACACCACUUCUCUCCAAGCCUUACCACAUUGUCUUUAAGUAAUUCUAAACUCAAGGAGGAUCCAAUGCUAACACUGGGGAAACUGCCUAACUUAACACACCUCUCCUUGUCGCUUGAUGCCUUUGAGGGAGUGGAAAUGGUUUGCUCUGAGGAGGGUUUCCCUCAACUCAAAUUUCUACUACUUUUCCGUUUGUACAACUUGGAGGAGUGGAGGGUGGAUGAAGGAGCCAUGCCCAAUCUUUUUAAAUUAGAAAUUAAUGCUUGCCGGAGAUUAAAGAUGGUUCCAGAUGGAUUGAAAUUCAUAUCUACCCUUCAGGAAUUGAAUAUAAAGUCCAUGCCACAUAAAUUUGUUAGAAGACUUGGAGGGGUAGAUGGAGAAGGAGAAGAUCAAUACAAAAUCCAACACGUCCCUAACAUCCAAUACAAGUUCAUGGAUAGGGAUAACUAUUUGAAGCAGCACGUUCUGACCAACAUUCCCUUUUGCUCAGAUCUUCUUACCUCGGACAACCUUCUUACUCUCUCAGCCCUUGGCAAGACAAUGAGUCAGCUCCAGAUCCCUUUCUUCGGCAGGAGAAAAGCUGCCCCCAGGACCAUUAUUGCCCCUGCAGUAACUUAUUCUCCAGUUUCGGUAUCUUCUUCUGCCACUAUUUCUGAUACCACUCUUUCCACCGAUCUAAACGUGACGGCUACUGACCCGAUCUCCAACACUACGACUGUCAAUCCGAACGUGACCCCUUCUGCCAGCAACCUUCCCAGCACUGCUACUGCUACCACUCGGGAAAAGACGAGAGGAAAAAGGUAUUAGCUAGAUAGUGCUCUUAGCCUUGAUGACGUUCCUCUGUCACAGAGGGUUAGGCCUUCUGGGCCGAGUGUGUAUGUGCACUCUCUGACUAGGCCUCUUCUGACUAGGCCUCCUACCCCCUCUGGGCAUACCUUUGUCAAUGCCUCUGCCUCUGUAACGGCACCAUGGAACCCUCGCUUUAUUCCAAUAGACGGAUCGUCUGUAAAGCCGGACGAGACCAUGUUCAAGGAUGGUCAGACCACUAUGGCAUACUACAGGAGCAUGUGGACUCCUAAGGAUAUUGAGGUAGCCAAGGGUCUGUCUCAGAAGGAAGUGUUCAGCCGGUUCCCCUUAUCUGCCAUGGAGGUAACUUCUGUCCCUCAGUCAAUGAAUCUUUACAUAGUCUUUACAUUUAAUUGCUUCUAACCAUCUGCUCGGCUUAAUAGUUAUCAUGUAUAUCUCUACAGACCCUAUACGGGAUGAUGGACAUGUAGAAACAGGUUGAACUGGUAAAUACAAAGGUUCGUAUGCUCUCUGACAACCUUGGUGCAGCUAAUAGGGAGAACGAUGCUUUAGGUGCUCAGAAUACCGGGCUGAUGGUGCAGCUCAACAAAAUUGAGAAGGAGAGGGACGCUUUGAAAAAGGAGACGGACUCCCUUUAGGAUGAAAAGGACGCUCUGCAACUUGAGAAGAGUGUCUGGCAUACCGAGCGAGAAUCUCUUAAGGCUGAGAAGGAAGAACUUCAGCGCCUUCUGAGUGAUGAACAAUCCGCUCGGAUGGCCUUUGAGAAAAGAGCUCUAGACGAGCGUGAUACUUUACUCAGCACCAUCAGCAAGGUAAACGGUGGUAUGCUGGCUCUGCAUGCUCGAUUUUCCAGGGUUGGGGCCCUCAGAUAUGCCCAGGGAUUCUGAGAGGGCUAUGUUGAUCGUGUUCUAGCUGAAGAUUAGACUGGUUCUACCCCUGACGAGGUUGACAAAGAGUUGGAGAUUGAUCCUCCGGGUGUUUAUGUUGAUCAAGACUCCACCCCUGCUGAGGGCAUAUUUGAUGAAUUCCAAGAGAUCGCCUCUUCCAGGCAUUUUUCCUCUAUCCACCGUGGCUCCCUCCGCCACUGUUGCUGAGGAUGAGCCUCGGCAAAAUGAUUCUUCCAAUGCUAAUGAGGGUAGAACUCAGCAGAAUGAUUCUGUCAUUCAGCUUGAUUCUCCUCCUCGUGAGGACGGAACAGCCAACAGUGAUAUGGGGACUGUUCAGCACUAUCAAGAAGCUGACGGGGCAAAUACUUCUAGUUAGAACUUUUCUGAUGUACUAACCUCCUUUCUUUUACAUUUUUGUCGUCUGUAUACCUCAUUUUUUGUAACUCUUGAAAUUCACUAUUAAUGAGAUGGCUGACUUUUUAUUGAACUCUUGCCAUAAAUCCCUUUACUUAAUGAUUUAAUGCUAUCUGAUCUGAUUUUUCUCUGUAUGUCAGUGGUUGGCGUUCGGCUAGUGUACCACUUUCACUUUUUUAUUUUUUGACAAGCUUUUGGCGUUCGGCUCAUAGUGUCAGCUGCCACUUACUUUGCUGAGUGGUUGGCGCUCGGCUAGAAUGUUACUUGCCACUUUCACUUUUUUUUUUUUUUUUUGGCAAGUUUUUGGCGUUCGGCUUAUAGUGCCAGCUGCCACUUACUUUGCUGAGUGGUUGGCGCUCGGCUAGAAUGCCACUUGCCACUUUCAUUCUCUUUUUUUUUGGCAAGUU